AUGUAAUUCUUAUUACCGUAUAAAUAGAUUAGUAAAAGAAUUGGGUAUGCAUAUUUUGAAAAAGGGCAGUCUGUUUAAAAGAAUAACAAUAUGGCUUACUACGUGAUCAAAGGGAUGCUGAGAACACAUGAAAACUUAUAAAUUCAACCAGAUAUGUGGUAUGAAGGCGAAUUUGCAUUUGAAGCUUAAACAGAAACCCAUUGUUUCAUGUUACCCUUGAGUAUCUAUAAAAAAUUUACUGCGUGCCACACUUAAAUGUUUCAAUAGAAAAAAAAAACAUUAAUAUCCAAUUUACCCAUCCUUGAAAAAGUGAACUAUAGAAUUCAAGAUUAACUUAUUAAGGGAUUUCAAGAGGUUAAGUUUGUUAACAAGGAUUUUGUGUUGAAAAUGGAUGAUCCUGGUAGUUCUUUAUUUAUUCUCCAACAUGGUAUUUUAAUUGUGAGCAAAACAUACUAAAAAUCCCUUUCCUAAUACGAAAAAUUGGUAUUACCAAAGAAAUUUUGGUUUGAUGAUAUCGUUUUAUGUGAAUUCAUAGAUAAAGGAUUUAUAGGAGAAGAGUUUUUAUCGUGUGAUAAAGCCUUAUACAAUGUUUAAGUAGCGUCAAAGACAGCCACGUUAUUAAUGAUUUCUAUUCAAUAACUAAAGUAGAUUAGUCAACAAGUGUUUUAGGCAAUCUUCAAAAUUUCAACGGAUAAUUAAUUUAUAAGAGAAGAAAUUUAUAAAGAAAAAUGUUAAGAAUUGGAAAAGUAUUGGUAAAAUACUAAUAAAAGUUAGAUCUUAAGUUAAGAUAUUAAAAAAACUAUUUCUUUUAAAGUCAUCUAAAAAUAAUCAUCAUCCUAAGAUUAAUAAUGUUAAACAAUAGAUGAUCAAAUGCAAUUUAUCAUUGGCAAUUUAUCUUAUAAGAAGAUGCCAACGUUUAUCUAACAAUAUUUCAGAUAAAAAAACAUCAAAAUUAAAAAAAAAUAAGAUCCCUUAUAAUAAUUAUAAAGAAGUUAAAACUCAAUUUCUUUCCAUCAAGUAGAUCCUACUAUCUUUGAUUCAUAAAUUCUAAUCUAAAAAGUAUAAUAGAAAAUCUCUGCAUAGUAAAAUUAAUAAUAAUCUUUCUGUUUACGCAAAUCAUAAUCUAGAUAAUUCAAUAGAAAUAAAUCUUCUUCAAAAUCAGAACAUAUAAAACCAAAUGCCUCUCAAAUUGUAUUUUAAUUCAACAUUCCAUAACAAUAAGAAAAUAAUAAACUAUAGAAUGAAUAAAAAAAAGAUUAAAUGAUGAACAAAACUAUUUUUUCUAAUUUUCAAACUCCAAAACCAGAAGCAAAGUUGUAAAUCAAGAUGAAACGAAGCACGUCUGUUAUAAAAUUAAAUGAAAAUCUAUCUUCAAUUACGCCUGGAACUCAAUCCAAAACUCCUCGGGAAAAUCUAUAUAUAAAUUUUUCAUCAAAUUAAAUUGUAAAGAAAAUAAAAGUUAACCAAUUAUUACUUAAUUAAUAAUUUUGA